AUAAUUAGUAAACGUUAUGGUCUGUUGCAAUGAGCAAUAGUGAAGAGAAUUUGCGAGAGCGACUGAGUAAGUUACGGAAGCGGAUCGACGACGGCGAACUGGACCGAGAGACCGUCAGAGAGCGUCUGCAGCAACUACUUCCGGGCACGCCCACGCGCUCCAUCAAAUGUUACGGCAGCUGCUUGCUGCUAGUCAUACUACUGAUGUCGUUCGGUACUCUGAUGUACUACAAUAAAGCCACUCGUCAAUUCAUGAAACGUAACUUGGCCGCCUAUUCCUAUCCCGUUCUCAGACGAAUUCGUCUCUUGCUCGUGCCAUUCAUUCGAGACGGACGCAUGCAGUGGGAGUCUGUGUAUGAGGCGGACUGUAUGAUAGACAACCCGUAUUUUGACGCACAAGGCGAAUGGCACGGCGAUAACGGAAAAAAAUUGGACGAGUUGAAAUUAAUGAGUAUCCGGGGUGUUACCGAGGUAGACGACCUGUUUAUUGAGGAGAUUCGAGAUCUACUACUUAAUGGUCAUCCGGUCGUCAUUAGAGGAGUGUCUGGUGUUGUUCACGUGACUUAUAGUAAUAUGAGAGAUUUUAUAAAUUCGAACUGGGAGAAUGUCAGUAUUGAAAUCUGCGAGUUUCAGAGAGGCAACAGAAUUGGGAAGUCGGACGUCUUCGUGUCGGAGAUUUUUUCAAGUGAGGAGGAUCCGUGUGGUUCGGGUGACGACGUUGAGCAGCAGUGGUCGGUGUCGUGGAAGCAUUGCUCGCAGGAUGUGAUUGGAGGGUUUAUUCGUUUGCCGGAGAUGUUGUUGUCGAUGGGAGAGUUUUCUAAGAGGAAUCAGAUUUAUUGUGGCUGCCCGUUCUCUGAACACGAUUUUGUCGAAGAGUCAUCUGAUGGCGAGCAACUUGUACUGCAAUUGACUGGGGCAAAGCGAUUUAUUAUACAUAGUUAUGGUAGCAUGAAGUCUUUUGGAGUUACUCUGAAGGCUGGAGACAUUUUGAUCUACGGAAAACAGUACUGGAACCAUCAGGGCCUGCCACAAGGCGAAGGAAUCUGCAUGUCAUAUUCGACUUCAUUCGAACUGUCUCACACCAGCCAAUCAUAAUCUAAAAAAUUUAGUUUGCUCCACAUUUUGUACCAUCACUGCAUGAGCAGUGUGAAAUAUAAUGCGUUUCUAAUGGACCUAUAAGAUGUUGAGUGGUCAUGUGCGCACUUUAGCCUCGC